AUGAACGAAGAAAGUAGCAAUCGGGAGAAUCCGGUGGUGACUGAUCGACGACACCGGUCAAAAAAUGGAAGCAGCAGGUGGCUGUUGUCGCCGACCGCGGUGGCAAGGGGUGGAAGCAGAAUCCUCGUCGUUUCCCCUUUUUUCCUGAUCCGACAGCAGAUAAUGCGAAGGGAGGAAGAGUGGCAGUCGAUCACCGGCGAGCUUCUCCUGGGGCGCUGCUCCGAUCUGGACGAACGGAUGAAACAACAACAAGGGCAGAAGAUGAACGAAGAAAGUAGCAAUUGGGAGGAUCCGGUGGUGACUGAUCGACGACACCAGUCAAAAAAUGGAAGCAGCAGGUGGCUGCUGUCGCCGACCGCGGUGGCGAGGGGUGGAAGCAGACUCCUCGUCGUUUCCCCCUUUUUCUGA